UAUCAUUUCCCUCUCGUUUCUUUCCUCUUUCGCUCUUGCGGUCUCGCCUUCCUCCGCGUUCCUUCUCUUCUUUGCUCACGCUCUCAGGGAAACGCUCUCUGUUUCUCUCUCCUCCUCUCCCGGCGCUCGCUCUCUUCGGGGUUUCCUUUGCCCACCAAAUGUCUUUUGAUCUCUGCCACGGUAUUUCAUCCAUUCUUUUUUGGUGCGGCUUUGGUUUUAUGAGCCGGGGGAGGUUUUGGUGUUCGCAGAAAAUGUUUCGACAUUGGACCUGACAGGUUCUUCUAUUGUUUUUAUUUUGUCAUUUUAUUUUAUUUUCGCACUUACCAGUGUUAUCAGAUUAUUCCGAGGAAAGAUUUGUUGGUCGGUAAAAAAUAAUAAGGAAAGACAGGAGAAAUUUGUUACUAGGACUUCAUUACUCCUGAGAAAGUCGUUUAUUACCAUCAGAAAAUUUUAGGUUGUGAAACAUCUUAGGUUUUGGUUUCACUAUGGGGAAAAUGUCCCUAGCUCCUGGGUUUCGGUUUCAUCCUACUGAUGUCGAACUUGUCAAGUACUAUUUGACAAGAAAAGUACUGGGGAAGAAGCUCCGAGUAGAAGCAAUAGCAGAGGUUGACAUCUAUAAGUUUGCUCCCUGGGAUCUUCCUGAUAAAUCUCUUUUGAGGACUGGGGAUCUGAAAUGGUACUAUUUUUGCCCAAGGGAGAAGAAAUAUGGAAGUGGGAAUAGACUGAAACGAGCCACUGAAUUUGGAUAUUGGAAAACAACUGGAAAAGAUAGGCCUGUUCAUUAUGAAGAAAAAUUGACAGGUAUGAUUAAAACUCUGGUUUUCCACCAGGGUAAAGCUCCUGUAGGGAAGCGAACAGAUUGGGUUAUGCAUGAAUACAGGCUUGAAGAUGAGUAUCUGGUUGAAAGGAAUGUUGCUCAGGAUGCUUAUGUGCUAUGUGUAAUCUUCAAGAAGGAUGGUUUAGGUCCUAGAAAUGGAGCUCAAUAUGGUGCACCAUUUAGGGAGGAGGACUGGAGUGAUGAAGAACCUACAAAUGACGAUCAAACUGCAGUCACUUCUGCACUGGUCUCAAUGAAGCGUAAUAACCACAUUAAUUCCCUUGCUACAAGCUCACAUGUUCACGAGAACCAAUUUGCUGUUUCCCAACCUAAAUCUUGUGUAUCUAAUACACCACAUUUUGUUCUUGAUGUGCAUCCUCCAAUCAAGGAUACGGGUAAUGCUUCCAUGCCAAUGGAGGUUCCUCAAGUUACAAGCGAUUGUGUUCUUGCAAUGUUAGAUAGAUUCACAGAUGACGAGAUUUUAGCAUCCAGUGGCACUGGCCAAAAUGAGGAACCUUGCAGUAUCAGUAAUGCUAACAAUGUUGAAAAGCCACUCCAGUUGGAUGGGAAUGAUAUUUAUGAUGGAUUGAUGGACUUAGGCGACGUAGGAAUAGUGAAUGAAGUCGACUACAAUCUUGCUGAUUCUUAUACCUUGAACAGAAUGGAAGGAUCUGAUAAUAUGGCCUUCAUAGAGUUACUUGAUCUAGAUGCACCCUUAAAUUCCCCUUUUCAAGGUACUUUGUUGGAGCAGACCCCAAUGGAUGACCAACUUGCUGAGCGCACAACCUCAUUUGGUUGAUCCUUGUACAGCUGCUAAACCUACAACUGAGCCAAAUCAAUCUCAUGUUUAUGCUAGUCGGACCUUCUAUUGAAAUUAUGGAACUCUUGAGUGCGGGUUGAGAUGAGGACAUCCUAGCUACGCUAGCUCUCUUUAUUUGGCACAUUGUAUAUUCUCUGAUAUCAUGAGUUUGCCUACCACUUAGUUGAGUGGGCAAAUGAUUUUAGGAGAAAAAUGUCCAAGAAAAUGGGUUUUUGAUGAUUAGCAGAUGCUUCUCCUCUCAUCCUGCACUGGCACUGGUAAGUGCAUAUGAUACUUUCAGAAGUCCAAAUCAAGAUAUAUUGCUGAUCUUUUGGUAUCUCAUUUGACCGGUCUUAAACUGCUAUAGUGAUGCCACAGACGAUUAUUCAAAGUAGCGGUUUUGUUUUGUACGAUAUCUUAAUUUAGUUUUCAAUGAUCGUGUAAGUAUCAGUCUUUUUUGGUUGCUUCUCAUAUUUGUCUAUAUCAGGAGUUUUUGCGGAGCUCAUCCCCUUUUCAUCCUAUGUUUUUAAUGAUCCUGGACUUAAAAACAUUUUGAUGUACCGAUUGGUAACUUCCGGUAGUGAUUGCGCAAUGAUAUGCAUUUUCCCAC